CAGAGCGGAAGAGAAAAACAACACUCCCUUCCUGUGCAUUGGCGCAGUUAAAGCGAAGAGGGAGCGAGGAGUCGUUUGUGAGGCCGCGUUUGGGAGCACAUUCAGUGGAGUGUCAAGGAGAGGCGCCUCUGUCCCGGGGGGCACAGCAGCCUCACACGCCAGGCUCUGGUCAUCACAGCCUUCACCGUCUCCGCUCUCCCAGGAUGACACGGCAUGGCAAGAACUGCACGGCGGGCGCUGUGUACACUUACCAUGAGAAGAAGAAGGACACAGCGGCCUCGGGUUACGGGACCCAGAACAUCCGACUGAGCCGUGAUGCGGUGAAGGACUUCGACUGCUGCUGUCUCUCUCUGCAGCCCUGCCACGACCCUGUUGUCACCCCCGAUGGCUACCUGUACGAGCGUGAGGCCAUCCUGGAGUACAUUCUGCACCAGAAGAGAGAGAUUGCCCGGCAAAUGAAGGCCUACGAGAAGCAGCGCGGUGCGCGGCGCGAGGAGCAGAAGCAGUUGCAGCGGGCAGCAGCGCAGGACCAGGUGCGCGGCUUCCUGGAGAAGGAGACGGCCAUCGUGAGCCGCCCGCUCAACCCCUUCUCGGCCAAGGCAGCCACCAACCCAGGCACCGGCCCAGAUGACACCCAGCCUGGGCCCAGUGCAGGAGCCCCAGGCAAAGACAAGGACAAGGAGAAGGACAAGGCCCUGCCCAGCUUCUGGAUCCCAUCACUGACACCAGAGGCCAAAGCCACCAAGCUGGAGAAGCCUUCACGCACGGUCACUUGCCCCAUGUCUGGGAAGCCUCUGCGCAUGGCGGACCUGACCCCUGUGCGCUUUACGCCACUCGACGACUCGGUGGACCGCGUGGGGCUCAUCACACGCAGCGAGCGCUAUGUGUGCGCUGUGACCCGCGACAGCCUAAGCAACGCCACGCCGUGUGCCGUGCUGCGGCCCUCGGGGGCGGUGGUCACUCUUGAGUGUGUGGAGAAGCUGAUUCGCAAGGACAUGGUGGACCCCGUGAAUGGGGACAAGCUCACGGAGCGCGACAUAAUCGUGCUGCAGCGGGGUGGCACUGGCUUUGCUGGCUCUGGAGUGAAGCUGCAGGCCGAGAAGUCUCGGCCAGUGAUGCAGGCUUGAGAGGACACGGAAGUCAAAUAAACCGCUGCUGCCA